AUGGCCCUGACCUGCACUAUGUGCAACGUUACGUGCAUCUUCUCGAAGGAGCGGACCGACCUGGACAUGGUCAGAAAGCCGGACCCGACCGGGACGACGAUCAUGUACUCGACGUUGGCCCGUUGGUGCGGAGGUCUCCAGAAUGAGCAAGAACAUCUGCACCACCAUGGCCUGGACGGAGAGGGUAGGACGACCGACGGCAUCCCUCCCAGGAUCAGGACCAUGGCCGACACCUCGGUGGUGGAGGCGGUCUGGGACAAGAUCAGACGCGAGAGUGUCAUCCAGGCGACUGUGGAGAUGGUCAGCGGCUACGGCGUGCGAAUCAGAGUCAUGUACAUCGGCCUGUACCCGUACGAGGAAGACAUCUUACCGCCCAUCGCGACCUUGCUAGCAGACGACCCCACGAAGUGCUACGGGUCCAGCAGGAGGAGGCGCGCCGCCCGGCCUCAGAUCAGCAGCGAGGGCGCGCUGAGGUCCAAGUUCGCGAAGCUGCUCAGGUGCUCUUAUAUGUCCACGGUAGUAGGCGUGGCGGCGUUCGUCAACUACGUACCUGCGCCCGUGGACAACGCCGCGAAGAAAGUCAGGUACGCGUCGCUGUUUCUCGGAGUGGCUCGCGAGGAGGAUGAUCAGGAUACACGACUCAUUCCGGUUCAAGAUGACCAUGCAUGGCCUACGAAUGGAAGAUGUACCCGAAAGAGAUCGAUCCUCAACGACUUCUUGAAAGAGGACAGCAUCAGAUCUCCAACUAACACGAGCACUUCUCAACUGCACUAUCGAAGAGCUCUACAUCCCGUUCUCGAACAUGGCCGGGAACCUGGGCCAUCUCCGCGAGACAGGGUCAGCAACAGCAGCAGCAGCAGGAUAACGGUGCUGUCACAAACCAACCAGAGCGGGAACGUGGUCACGAACGAGCGCCAGUUGUUCGUCACGCGCAACUCCAUCAACGGCCAGAUGACCAGCGGACGCCUCGGGAAAGUCGCAGUCGCAGCAGGUCAUGGUCCUCGAGAAUAUGAUGACGAAGCUCCACGAUGUCUUGGAGUCGUACAGGACCAGUCCAGGGAUGUGGUCCUGGCCAAGCUCGAGAGCAAGAUCGACAUGCUGGUGGACAGGCAUUCGGUCGAGGACGAGGAACUCGACGAGGUCGUGACCAUAAUCAAGGAGAGGUACCCGGUCGACCUCGAGGAGCUCGAGAAUACCACGUCGGUGGUCGCGGCCAUGCCCGCCGUCAUCAAACGGGAGAUCCAGCCCGCGGCGCCGUUGAUGCGCAGGCACGACGGCUCGACCAUGAGGGACAUCGUGUACGAGCAGGUCAUGGCGGACAGACGGUCGGGCGUCGCCCAGAGCAGGAACCCGCCGUCGAGCAUGGGUAUCUUCCAGAGUCCGAACGCCGUUCAGGACAUGACCACAAACAUGAACAGAGGCGUGGUCGGCGUCGUGAACAUGGGGGAUGUCGCAGAGUGCGGCCACGAGCGCCGCCGCUGUCGAGCAGCACAUGAGGAUGCUCGGGAACAAGGCGAAGAAGGAUCUCUUCAUGAGCGCCGUCGAGGAAGCGUUGGGCCGUUGAACAUGGAUUACAGACACUAG